AUGGCUAAAGAAUCACCAAGAAGAUCUUUGUUCUCGAUUCCAUUUCGCCUAUUUGGAGGGGAUGAGGGAAUACCUGAACUUACCAUUGGUGUUAAAGGAUAUGCUAUGAUCAUUGAGAAAAAGAAACCGGCGCCAAGAAUGAUACACAUGAGAUCAGAAACAACAAGACUUGCCGAAUCUAGAACAAAAUACGUUUGUAUGAUAGCAUUCACCAAAGCUGAAGUUGCUGAAUUAAGAAGAUUCGGCCAAAAGGGUCUUAAUCUUAUCGGGUUUAAGCCUUCGAAUGCUGCUAAAUUUCAUUAUAAUGUUGAACAUGCAUUGUUUUUAUAUCCUGAUGAAGGAGUAAAAAUGAGCAAAGUGGCUAUAUGUUAUCUUGUCAAACGGGAUAACUCUCUCCCCUCUUUUGUCGUACUAGAAGCCCAAGCUGAAAAAUUAGAUGAAGAUAAACGACAGAUAUUUCCCCCGGGAUUUAACAUGAUACCCCUCCCGUUUGCUGAUGAUAUCAGGCCACUUCCGCCCCACGCUGAAAUUACACCUGCUCCUGAUGAGAUGAUUGAUAUCCUAAAGCCAAUUGUUGAUAAACUACAUAUGAAAGGCGGAUUUGAUCCCAAUAAAUUCAAUAAUCCCGGUAAGUAUUUUUACAUAUAUUUUUUUAUUCCUUAA